AGUAAACAUUUGUGAAGUGACAGGGUGGGGAGGAGGACCCAGGUCUAACUGCAGCACUGUGCUCGUAACAGCAGAUCACCAUCUUUUCUCUCUCUUUUUUUUUUUUUUUGAGACGGAGUUUCGCUCUUGUUGCCCAGGCGGAAGUGCAGUAGCACUAUCUCGGCUCACUGCAACCUCCGCCUCCCGGGUUCAAGCGAUUCUCCUGUCUCAGCCUCCCAAGUAGCUUGGACUACAGACGCUCGCCACCAAGCCCGGCUAAUUUUUUGUAUUUUUAGUAGAGACGAGGUUUCACCAUGUUGGCCAGGUUGGUCUCGAACUCCUGACCUAAGGUGAUUCGCCCGCCUAAGCCUCUGUGCUGGGAUUACAGGCGUGAGCCACCGCGCCCAGCCAGAUCGCUAUCUGAACAGCGAUCGAGUCUCCACUCUCUACGGCCCCUUAGAAGGAACUUCACCUCUCUGAGCCUCGUUGUACCUAUCUGUAAAGUGGGACAGAAACAAAACCAUCCAUACUAGGGUUAGAGACGGGAGUCAAACACAACAAAAGGGGCAAAGUUCUGCAUAGCAGACAGCUCGAGCAAUUCGGAGACCUCGCGGAGCCAGGGAUCCCGCGCCGUCAGCCGAGGUGGAUUAGGACGAGGCCUCUGGGGCAGGCAGAGGUUAACUCGCAGCUGUGCGAAAACCUGCAGCUCAGCCUAAGCGUGGGACCCCAGCGUUAGCAAUCGCCACGACGUCCUUCCGCUCCGACCUCCUCAAAAUCGCGUCCGGAAGGGCAGUGGCUGACCCCUGCCACGUCGCCCAAUCGCUGUGCGCGGUCAUGCGCGCAUGCGUAAACCGCGGGUCAGCGACGGCGGCCGGGAGGCGGAAGUAGAGGUUGUUGUGGCUCCGAGGGCUGUUCGAGGAGGUGCUGCUGCUGAGGCGGCGGCGACUGCGUUGAGGCGGUGGCGGCGCUGCCGGCCACGGGCCGCUCGGCCUCUUGGCUCGCCUUCCAGCCUCGCCUGAGCCCGCCGGGGCCCGCGCCGGCCAGCGCCUGCCCUAUGAGUGUGUCACUGGUUGUCAUCCGUUUGGAGCUCGCGGAACACUCGCCUGUCCCCGCCGGCUUCGGCUUCAGCGCCGCGGCUGGGGAAAUGUCUGAUGAGGAGAUAAAAAAGACGACACUAGCUUCAGCUGUAGCCUGUUUAGAAGGGAAGUCACCAGGAGAGAAAGUAGCGAUUAUCCAUCAGCAUCUCGGCCGUCGAGAAAUGACAGAUGUGAUCAUUGAGACCAUGAAGUCCAACCCAGAUGAACUAAAAACUACAGUGGAAGAAAGGAAGUCUUCAGAAGCCUCCCUCACUGCGCAAAGAAGUAAGGAUCACAGUAAGGAAUGCAUAAACGCUGCCCCAGAUUCUCCAUCCAAGCAGCUUCCAGACCAGAUUUCAUUCUUCAGUGGAAAUCCGUCAGUUGAAAUAGUUCAUGGUAUUAUGCACCUAUAUAAGACAAAUAAGAUGACCUCCUUAAAAGAAGAUGUGCGGCGCAGUGCCAUGCUGUGUAUUCUCACAGUCCCUGCUGCAAUGACCAGUCAUGACCUUAUGAAGUUUGUUGCCCCAUUUAACGAAGUAAUUGAACAAAUGAAAAUCAUCAGAGACUCUACUCCCAACCAGUAUAUGGUGCUGAUAAAGUUUAGUGCACAGGCUGAUGCGGAUAGUUUUUAUAUGGCAUGCAAUGGCCGCCAGUUCAACUCAAUAGAAGAUGACGUUUGCCAGCUAGUGUAUGUGGAAAGAGCUGAAGUGCUCAAAUCUGAAGAUGGUGCCAGCCUCCCAGUGAUGGACCUGACUGAGCUCCCCAAGUGCACGGUGUGUCUAGAGCGCAUGGACGAGUCUGUGAAUGGCAUCCUCACAACGUUAUGUAACCACAGCUUCCACAGCCAGUGUCUACAGCGUUGGGACGACACCACGUGUCCUGUUUGCCGGUACUGUCAAACGCCCGAGCCAGUAGAAGAAAAUAAGUGUUUUGAGUGUGGUGUUCAGGAAAAUCUUUGGAUUUGUUUAAUAUGCGGCCACAUAGGAUGUGGACGGUAUGUCAGUCGACAUGCUUAUAAGCACUUUGAGGAAACGCAGCACACGUAUGCCAUGCAGCUUACCAACCAUCGAGUCUGGGACUAUGCUGGAGAUAACUAUGUUCAUCGACUGGUUGCAAGUAAAACAGAUGGAAAAAUAGUACAGUAUGAAUGUGAGGGGGAUACUUGCCAGGAAGAGAAAAUAGAUGCCUUACAGUUAGAGUAUUCAUAUUUACUAACAAGCCAGCUGGAAUCUCAGCGAAUCUACUGGGAAAACAAGAUAGUUCGGAUAGAGAAGGACACAGCAGAGGAAAUUAACAACAUGAAGACCAAGUUUAAAGAAACGAUUGAGAAGUGUGAUAAUCUAGAGCACAAACUAAAUGAUCUCCUAAAAGAAAAGCAGUCUGUGGAAAGAAAGUGCACUCAGCUAAACACAAAAGUGGCCAAACUUACCAACGAGCUCAAAGAGGAGCAGGAAAUGAACAAGUGUUUGCGAGCCAACCAAGUCCUCCUGCAGAACAAGCUAAAAGAGGAGGAGAGGAUUUUGAAGGAGACCUGUGACCAAAAAGAUCUGCAGAUCACCGAGAUCCAGGAGCAGCUGCGUGAUGUCAUGUUCUACCUGGAGACCCAGCAGAAGAUCAACCAUCUGCCUGCCGAGACCCGGCAGGAAAUCCAGGAGGGACAGAUCAACAUCGCCAUGGCCUCAGCCUCGAGCCCUGCCUCUUCGGGGGGCAGUGGGAAGUUGCCCUCCAGGAAGGGCCGCAGCAAGAGGGGCAAGUGACCUUCAGAGCAACAGACGUCCCUGAGACUGUUCUCCCUGACACUGUGAGAGUGUGCUGGGACCUUCAGCUAAAUGUGAGGGUGGGCCCUAAUAAGUACAAGUGAGGAUCAAGCCACAGUUGUUUGGCUCUUUCAUUUGCUAGUGUGUGAUGUAGUGAAUGUAGAGGGUGCUGACUGGAGGGCUGAUAGAAAGGCGCUGCGUUUGAAAAGGUCUUAAGAGUUCACUAACCUCAGACAUUCUAAUGACCAUUUUGCCUUCCUGCUUGGUAGAAGCCCCAACUCUGCUGUGCAUUUUUCCGUUGUAUUUAUGGAGUUGGUGUAUUUGACAUUCAGUUCUGGGGUAGGUUUAAGAUGUUAAGUUAUUUCUUGUAACCUCAAAGGUAAGGUUAUAUAGCACUAAAGCACCAAACCUCUCUGAGGUCAUAACAGCUGCUUUAAAGAGAGGUUUCCAUUGGCUACUAAGGAGUUAUGAAAAUUCCCUAGCAAUAGUAUCAUAUCAUUAUCAUCUCCCCCUUCCUCUGGGGAGUGGAAGAAUUGCUUGAAUGUUAUCUGAAAAGAGGCCCGGUAGUAAACCAGGCCCUGGCUCUUUACCAGCAGUCAUCUCUUCUUGCUCUGGGGCCAGCCAGGAAAAACAAAUAACCCGGGGCACAUUGGGUAGACUCAGUGUAGGAAAAAUGGUGGCAGCUCCACUGUUUAUUUUUGGUGACUUCAUACGUCAUUAUGAACCGCAAUUAAGGAGGAGGCUUAAUGGCUGUUCCCAAACUCAAAUCUCAGAGUGGGUAUCCUAGCAUCUAGCAAGACUAAGUGGGGAGAUUUCUCAUCCGUGUGAAAAUGUAGAGUGAGGCCUCUGACUAGCUAAUUGUGUAUUUUGUUGGGUUUAGUAUUUUCUAAAUGUUUACAAAAUAUUGGGCUGCGUGUUCAGGUUGCAGCUAGAGAGAGCUUGGGCAGAUUUUCAAUUAUGCUUUCAAGAUAUAACCAAAGGCUGUUUCUAAAUCCUAAAAUUAGAAUUUCAACAGAGCCCCCUUUAGAACAGUCAUAUAACGCUUGUGUGGGUCAACAGAGGGGCUGUGUACUCUCUCUGGAACCAUAAAUGUCAAAUAAUUCAUAACCUGCAGUAACUGAGCAAACUUAAAAUAAGACCUGAGUUGGAAUUUAGUUUCUUGAAGAGGUAGAAGGAUAGGUUAGUAAGAUGUAUUGUUAAACAAGAGGUUUUGGUUUUUGCUUUAUAAUUAGCCACAGGUUUUCAAAUGAUCACAUUUCAGAAUAGGUUUUUAGCCUGUAAUUAGGCCUCAUCCCCUUUGACCUAAAUGUCUUACAUGUUACUUGUUAGCACAUCAACGGUAUCGCUAAUCACCAUCCGUUUUUGUGGGAUGUGCUGCAGCAUUUCCCAAAAAACUUUACCUGUAAUGUUGCAAAAUGAAUGUACUCAGACAUUCUUAAUUUUUACUUAGGGCAGACCAACUCUUUGAGUCUCUCUUGGACUUAUAUAUACAGAUAUCUUAAGAGUGGGAAUGUAAAGCAUAACCUAAUUCUCUUUCCUAUAGAGAUUCUAUUUUAUUUAAAAUCUAUUUUUACACUAGUUAGAAUCCUGCUGUUUUGGCCAAGUACUUGUCUUGCAUGUCUGACCUUGCAGAAGCUGGGGUGGAUCAUAGCAUACUAAUGAAGAGAAUUAGAAGUAGUUUACAAAGCUCGCUCACUCCUCAUUUCUCUGUGAUCCCGUCUGUCCAGUGGCCCCACCACCACCUGGGAAAACAGAUUUUUCAGCAUAGGUGGGAUAAAUGCUCUGAAAGGCUGUGCCCAGAGGAAUGAGCAAAUAGGCAAAUGUUUCCAAACUACUUGAAGGUUUAAAAAAAUAUGUCCCAGAAAAAAAAAUCUUACCAAGAUAUGUAAAGAAAAUGUUUUUUUUUUUAAACAGUCAGAGUCAUGUUUGAAUUUCACAAAAUCACAUCAGACAGAAGUUGUUUUCUUCAGGAGGGAAAUGAACCACUUAAUAUACCCAUACUACCUUGAACAAUGAAAUUGAAUUAAAAUAGCCAAACUUUGAAA